AUGCCGUGGACUCCUGAUCAAAGGCAAAGACUAGCGGUAGAGAAGGACAUACUUGAAAAAUAUUUCCCUGGGAAAGUCAAAUGGGUCGAUCCGACUGGCAACACUAAAUUGGAUGUGACUAUGAUCACAAACAGCAAUCAGGCUUAUUGCCUACGUCUGUAUGUUCCAGCUGAUUUUCCAAACAGCCUACCUGUCAUGGUUGUGAAAAGCUCACCAAGGCCUAUGCCUAACUGGGGCGAUUGUAGGGCUUCUCACACUUUAGGACGUAAUGAUGAGGGUUUUAUAGAAAUUUGCCAUUAUCGUAGUUCUCACUGGGAUGGUAUGCAUACUUUUUACGAAGUUUUCGUGAAAGGCAGAUUGUGGUUGGAGGCUUACGAAGGUCAUAUUUCAACAGGCAACUCGAUAGAUUAG